ACUAUUUCAGCGAUACCCCGGGUUCCACCAUAAAUGCAAAAAGUGAAUUCUAAAAAAAAAGAGUCAGCCAGUAGAUGAUGCGUUAUACCCCCACCCCCAACCCUCCCCGUUACCCUCUGCAGCCCAGAAAUCCGUGCAUCGAAGUGAGUCGUUCGAUAAAUUAGGCGCGAAAAAAGCUGUGUUAAGUCGUUAUUACAACAAUAUAAUUGACAACAACAAACACGUGGUUGCAAAAUGCCACGGGUCAAGGGAUCACCCAAGAAGUGUGUUAAAACAGCUAAUACCAAUUCACCGAGUAAUACGUGGGUUUUUCUGAUGAAAGGGGAUGGAGUUGGUGGUUCUGAUGGCAGUCCCCCAGAUAUCGUGAAGCUCCGUCAUCCAGCGACAAAUCAAGCAGCAAUGUUCGUGUUCAGUCCAGGUGAUCAGACAGUUCAAGAGGUGUUGACCUUCGACGAGAAUAAGCGUUCGUGGUUCAUCGACGAGAACGUAAAAUCCGAUGGAAAGAUGCACUUGUCAACUCCCAUCGAUCCCAUUUUCCUGGUGCUACCGUACCUGAGGAAGGCACAGCAAGUUCUGCCCCUCGAACAGUGCCUCAGGGAUGAGGACUACCCCGAGACCAUAAGACUGGCGAGAUGUCAGAGCCUAAAAGUGUCACUGGUGGCAGAUCGCAAGGGGGACGAGUCGUAUCAAGCUUACAAGUACAACGAGGAAAAAACCCUGAGUUGGCUCCAGAAGAAGGUGGAAAGGGUCGCCGAUGUUCUUAGGCAAAAGGGCAUUCACGUUGGACAGGGAGCUGUUAGUGCCAAUUACGUGAAGAGUACGAAAUACGAGGCUGGGACUGACAGUGAAUACCUGAAAUACGCACACGGUAUCGUGUCUGAAUACCUGACUGAAGAUCUCUCGAAAAAACUGGCCCAAAAUAUGAAUCUACCCGAGGAGGAGACCAAAGCCAAACGCAAGCUGAUGAGCCCCAAAGAACUCCCCGAUGAGAAACGACCGAAGAAAGAUUCCAUGGACGAAGAGUCCCCCAGGACACGAGCUCUCGAUCUCACGAAACCCGAAAAGCCCCAGAAACCUCAAACAGCCUCAAAAAAAGAGAUAGCAAGGCAAAAGGCAGCGGCUGGCUCGAAGAGCAUCACAAGUUUCUUCAAGAAAAAAUGAGUUUCCUAAGAAGACUGUCUCCUCCUGAGUACCCUCCCAUAAGUCAAAGAAUUUGCGUUCCAAUCAGCUGCUACUAGAAUUCUAAUUUUAAUGGAAGCAAAGAGAACUGAUGAAUAUUGCACACAAAAAUGGGAAGAAUAAAUCUCAAAGGGGCGCUUACCAAUUAUUUCUCAAGCUGUUGCUCAAGCAUUUCACAGACUCAAAAACUAGAAAACGAAACUGAUGAGUAAGAAGUAAACGCCAUCAAUUAAUUUAUCAAUUUGUUCAUCCAUACAUUUCUGUACAUAGUAAUGUUAAUUAUUUGAAAUUAAGGUAAAUGUUAUACUUUGUAUAAAUUUUUUAUCGUUGAACCCCGAGCAAUUUCCAAUAAUUUAUCCACAGCCAAAUUAACUUGUUCGAUAUACAUGUAGAAUUCAGGACUAAUAUUUCUAUUGCUGUCCAUCGGUGCGUCGUUUUAUGAUUGAAUUAAUUGAUAAGGGAAACGAUUUAAUUACUCUCUGCGAUAUGAUUACAUUGGAUUAGCUCCAAAUAAACAUGUGUUAUCGUGAAA